AUGGGAGGUCAUACUGCAGUGGUGUGUUUGGUUCUGCUGGCCUUAUGCUGUGUGCUACUGCCCAGAGCAGGCGAGAGUGCAGGAGGCAUUGUCUCUUUAGGCCAGGCUGUGGAGGAGGGAGGGAUGCAGGCCCUACAUGGAGAGGAGUCCCAGGCUGAACCAGCUAAAGAAGAGGAACUCACAGAGACACAAAGCCAGACUAGCAAGGCAAAGAGAGCCACAGAGGAGGAUGCCCUACCAGGUAAGAACAAAACCAACCCACUGGGCACAGACAUCAGUUCAACAUCUAGUUUUUAUUUACAUUUGGUCGAGUUGUCAACUAGCGUGAAUUCAACUCAACCAAAAAUGUCACCCUGUCAUUGGAAUUAGAUUAAACAAAAUUUAAAAAACAAAAUUCCCUUACGUUGAAGACUUUUUGCAAAUUCAGUUUUCCACGUUGAUUCAAAGUCAUCACAUUGAAUUUUUUGGUUGAAAUGACGUGGAAACAAAGUUGAUUCAACCAGUUUUUGCCUAGUGGGUACCUUCCUAUUAUAAUGCUAUAUAUGUUAUUAAGUGGAUAAUUGGGUCCCAACUGAGUUGUGGCUAGAAACAUGGAUGGUUUUAUCAGCAAACUGUUUUGGAACCCCUGGCUUAUGUUGCAUCAGUGUUCUUGGAUCCUAGUCCUAGGACUCACCGGGUGUACAGGCCUUUGUUCCAGCCCAGCAGUAACACAUCUUAUCAUCGUAUGAACUAAUGAUCAAACCCUUAGUAGUAGAAUAAUCAACAGUGUCUGGUUGUUGGGCUGGAACAGAUGCCUCCUUCCAGGAUGAGGAUUGGAGAACAUUAUAUUACAUCAUCAGGCAGGCACAGGGGACAGGGCACAGGGCAGGUGGAGGAGGAGGAUGAAUGGAGAGUGUUGGUCUUGAAAGAAGCCAGCGGUUUCCUGAAUUACCCACACACUGUUCAGUCAACAGUGUCCGCGCCCCACAAACACACACCACACCACACCAUACAGUACUCUUACCUUUCUGUCUCCAGCUCACACAUAUCUGGACUGUGUCUUUUGGCCCAAAGCAGAGUAGACCUGGGACUGGGGAAGAUUCAGUCUGCUGCAGUAGCAGAACUGGCUGGGCUCUGAACUGAGCAUUUUGCAGAAAGAUUCGUACAGUUAACUUUUAUUUUCCAAGGUACUGUGCUGUACCAUAGAACCCAGCUCCACAGUGGAAGGAUUCACCCUCUGAGACGGACUGAUGAUAUAGUGUUAGUUAUAAAACAUUUUGUUUCUGAGAUUCACAGCUUAACAUCGAGGAAACUUCAGCACACACAUCUGUUAGUUUAAUCAGUCCCAUUUCCCAAUUAAAUUGCACUAAAACCUUGUAUUUACAUGGUAAUUACAUUAGCUAAUAGGUACUGUAUAACUAUGUAAAACUUACUACUACUGUUAUAGGCUACCUAUUUGUGGCUUGCACAAUUGAAAAUAUAUUAGAAACACCAACUACACAGAAUCAGAUUUCUUAAGGACAGGGACAGGACAAUGUUGAUGAUGCUCUGACAGCGUGCCAUUACAGUUUGACUGGGUUUACAAAACGGAGAGGAAUAUUUUCCUUGAAUACACAGCCUCUUUUCCACAGAUGUCACUGGCACAGGUACUCAGAAAGCCACUAAUAGAGAGAGGGAAAUACCAAUGAGACACUCCACUGACUUCUGUAGUUACACAACUUCUUGUUUCCCAAUACAAUACAAUAUAAUACAAUACAAUACAAUACCCUCCGUGGCAAUUUAGGCAGCACCAUCAGUAAGUAGCACAAGAGCACAAGAGCACAAUUACAUCCACAUCCUAUACAUAGCAUGCAGAAAGAAGAAGAUAUUUAUAUUUUAUCCAUUACACAUCAGAUAGAAACUGAUUAUGUGAUUAUGGAAUGUUUUAAUGUUAUGUGACGUAAUGUGGAAACAUUUAUAAAAACCCAGAUGAGAUCUCCUUGACCUUCGGUGUGAUGAUGUCACUACAGUCCCUCUCCUUGAUGUGUUUGUGUGUGUGUGUGUGUGUGUGUGUGUGUGUGUGUGUGUGUGUGUGUGUGUGUGUGUGUGUGUGUGUGUAGAGGACCCUGUUGUUUCACCAUGCGAACAGAGGAGCCUUUCUUCUGCACAGGACACCGUCAUCUCCUCUACGUCACACACGCACGCACGCACGCACGCACGCACGCACGCACGCGCACACACACACACACACACACACACACACACACACACACACACACACACACACACACACACACACACACACACACACACACACACACACACACACACACACACACACAGCCUGUCUGCCAGACGUUAGCUCAGCUGUGCCCCCUGCUAGAGUGAUUCUGUCUGGCAGAUUCCCCUUCCCCGUUACACCUGUCUGGACCGGGAUUUCUGUCAGUAUGUCUGUCUGUCUGUCUCUCUUUUUCGCACUCUCUGUCUCCAUUUCUCUCCAUCUCUCUCGGUCCCCUCUCACUCUAUCACUCUAUUUCUAUUUGUUUAUCUGUCUCUCUAUCUCUCAUCAGUCUGUUUCAGUAGCAGAGAGUUGGUUUUGAUUUAUAACCUUUGUUUGAAUGCCGUCUUGUCAUAUCCUGGCAUAUCCGACUGCUAUAGGAGUGUUAUAUGCUGUUAAACUUGACGUUGGACCCUCAGGGAUCAACACGUCAAAAUUACCAAGUUUAUUCACUUUCCUUUCCUCUGCUCCGUUGUCCAUCUCCAAGCCAGGGUCAGGAGAGCCUCAGAGGAAGAGGAGGGCAAAGGGAAGAAAAAGAAGGACAAGAAGGACAAGAAGGACAAGAAGGACAAGAAAGACAAGAAAAACAAGGAGCCCAAAGAGCCCAAGGCCACCAAGAAGCCUAAAGCAGACAAAAAGCCAAAAGAGAAGGGAGGCCGCCGGGGCAAAGACAAGGAGCCACAGAGAGAAGCACCUACAACUCCACCACCCACUACUACCACACCACCACCCACAACUACCACACCACCACCCACAACUACCACACCACCACCCACAACUACCACAGAGGUGUACAGAGAAGCAGGUAAUGCAGUAGCACACCACUUUACUACUGUAAUCAACGUUUUCAAUCAAAACAGACUAGAAUUGGUUGAUUAGAUUUUAAAGGCUUUGUAUUGUGUGAGGAACUAAGUUGUUUGUAAGACUUUGAUCUCUGUCCCAUCUGAAGCUCCCACAGAACCUGACCCAUACCCAGACUACCCCUACCCAGACAACGGUGAGAUCAUGUGUACAGAUGACAAAGCAUUAUAUAAUUUAUCUGAAGCCGGUGCCUCAGUGUUCUAAUACCACUCAAAACUUUAUAGCAUAGCCACUUUGUUUAUGGUUUUAUUUGUACCUUGAAAAACCAUGUGGAUUUUGUUUAAAAAAAAAUCUCCACACUAAUAAUUUUACCUCUACUGUCCAUGUGUCCCUCUGAUAGAGGAUGACUACUGGAAGCCAGAUGAGGAGGAGCCUGCAGGCCCAGUGGUCGACCCAGAAGAUGACUAUUGGAAGGGAGAAGACCCAACGGCCACGCCCCCCACUUCUGUGGUGGAUGGAGAGGGGGACAAGGGAGACGAGGACUACUGGGACGCCAGAUGUAUGUUUCAUCUCCCUCUGUGUUCUAAAAUGACUGACUCAUUGACCGAAUGAAUGAAUGAAUCAGGGGAGAACGACUUCCCCCUUUCAUUGAAGCCAUGAAGUUCAAGGUCGACCGGGGUACAAAAGGCUGUUAUGGCCAGGAAGCAGGAUCCCCCAAUAUAGGCAAUGGAAAAAUGGCAAUCUUAAUGCUCAAUAUUCAUGUAAAUAAAAUAAAAAUUAGAAGACAAUCAUGGUACCAAUACUUGCUUCUAUUACAUCAGAUGUAAGUCCUUGAAUCGAUUAUUUCGAAAUCACACACAGUAUGCCUUUCUAGACAAUCAGAAACGAGUAUUCAACAGUGCUGUGGAAUAAAUAAGGAAAAUAGAGGAAUAUAAGGAUAAUUUAUUUGCUGCAGCCUGCAGUACUUGAAAUACUCAAUGAGAGGGGGCAGCACUGAGCUAGCUUGAAACGUCACUUCCUGGAGUAACUCAAACUGCGCAUGUUAUGUCUAGCAAGCUAAAACCGACUUCCUGAGCUUCAAAUGUGCCAUUGAGUCUUCACAUUUAAUUGAAUGGUGUGACGUCAUUGAUGGUUGUCCAUUUACACUGAGUGUACAAAACAUUAAGAACACCUUUCCAUGACAUAGACUGACCAGGUGAAUCCAGGUGAAAGCUAUGAUCCCUUAUUGAUCCACUUCAAAUCAGUCUAGAUGAACGGGAGGAGACAGGUUAAAGAAGGAUUGAGACAAUUGAGACAUGGAUUGUGUUUUUGUGCCAUUCAGAUGGUGAGUAGGCAAGACAAAAUAUUUAAGUGCCUUUGAAUGGGGCAUGGUAGUAGGUGCCAGGCGCACCAGUUUGUGUCAAGAACUGCAACGCUGCUGGGUUUUUCACGCUCAACUGUUUCCCGUGUGUAUCAAGAAUGGACAAAGGCACCAACUACAAAAAAAUACCAGAUUGAAAUAACUUUGAUUAUACAUUUCAAGUAUUUAGUCAAGUAUUUUUUUAAAUACUAGCUAUUAGUUUAAACGUGUAUAGGGUUAUAACCUACCAGCUCUCACAGUAUCACGUCAGAAUUAGAUGUUCAUCCAUGUUUCUCAAACGUCAAAUUGCGAAGUUGUUCCAAAUGUCGAAUUUCAAAGUCUUUAAGGUUAAGUUUAGCUAUUAACUCAGAAUUUUUAAGGUUAGGGUUAAGUUCAGGCAUUAACUCCAAAUUCUUAAGGUUAGGCAUUAACUCUGAAUGGUUAAGCUAAGGGUUAAGGUUUGGGAUAGGGUUAAAAAAAAACAUCAAAAAUUACUUUCUAUUGCUGGAUUUUAAUUUGCAGCUUCUGGAAUCAGAGGUAGAUGCUUACACCCAUCAACCAUCCCCGUUCACAAUGCCCUAGUAAAACCGAAACCUACUUGAAGGUAACAGCGCUCACUGUUGCCCCUAGUGGCCGGUUUACACAUCAUCUCCCGACGUCCUCAGACAUGGAUGGACGUCGAAUACUGACUUGUAUCACAGGUGACCUGGAUGUUAUAACAGCACAUGUUGAACAGAUUGGCCUUGUGCAUUUCUCCUCCAGAUCCUCUCUAAAUCGAACCCUUUAUGAUAUUUGCCAACUGGACUCUUUAACCAAUGAGUCAGGUUUUCCACCUUAUAUGAUGGAAAUCUCAUCUCAUGUGAAGGUUUGUCAGUGACAUUCAUUGCAAAGCUCAGCUCAUCUGUACUUUAUAUGAUGGCUGCAACAGGUUUACAUUACGUUUACUGUGUCCAUAAUUCCACUACUGUUUCACUCUACCAUUCCUCCAGAUUUCCACUCCUACAGUAACUCACUCUCCUGUACCUCUCCAUUUCUCUCUGUUCUCACUCCAUCAUCUCUCUCCGUUCUCAUCCUCUCCUUUCUCUUCUUUCUCUACUCGUACUUCUCCAUCUGUCUCCUUCCUUACUCUCAUGUGCGUCUUUUAUCACGCGCUCUUCCAUUUUGCUCUCUCUUUUCUAUUUUCUGCUCUCUUUAUUCUCUGAGAUCUCUCAAUUUCUCAUUUUCUCCAUUCUCCAAUAACAGACGAGGUGCCCGAGAAUCUUCCUUUCCCUGACGGUAAAGAGGUCGUCCCCACAGAGAAAGAUGACUGGAGCUACGCUGUCACAGGUGACUUACAUCUCAAUUAACCAAUCAGACAGUCAGUCAGUCGGUCAAUCAGUCAGUCGGUCAGUCAGUCAGUCAGUCACUGUUUAGAGGGCCAUAGUGUAUGCUGCUAUUCCUCCUUUCUAAGAAUGAAAAACAACCCCUGUUUUAGGGUUUAUAGUGUGGGAGUAGAUCCUAUAAACCAUACGCUUAGACCUAGAUUCAAUCAGAUCAGCUGAUGUUUUGCCGGUGUCAUUGGAGCUGUCAAAUCGGUGAGCAGCUGCUCUUGAUCAUUGUCACAAAGCCACACCCGUCCCACUGGCAUUAGAAUUUCAGAACAAGAAAGUGUAGGCUAUAUAGAAAUAAUGGCGCUCAAAUAGAAAAUCAUUAAACUAAAUAAUGAGGAUUUCUAUCAGCCUAGUCGAGGUAUAGAUUACACUUCUCACAUUCCUGUGUUUGAACUAAGCUGCAUGGGAUUUCUCUUAAUGCAACUCAGUGCAGCCAAUGCCAAAAACAACCGCUAUAAGGAUGUCAGCUAAAGCGGAUCAGAUUGAAUAGAGCUCUUAGUCCAGGGAAUGACAUCAGAGUAGGAGGCUAGAUCAUCACUCUGCUUUUUAGAUGAGAGUGUAGUGCUAAACAAUCAAAGGCUUUUCAUGGUUUUGUUUUUGAGCGAGAAGCCUUUCACAAGAUGGCUGCUCUGUUAUAUUCCUUGUAAAUUUAAACUAAACAUUUAACUAGGCAAAUAACAGGCAGCGUGUUACGCUAGCUUUAUGUGGGUCCAAACAGAGAGUGUCUGUUGUGGCUGCAGAAAUAAAGGCACUGUUCCACCAUCACUGUAUUGGAAGAUUACUGUAUUCAUGUUUUGAAACUAUAUACUACAUUUUAGCUUCAGAGAGCUUUGGAAAGAGACUCUCUCUGUGAUGUUGUUUAGUAAAAAGCUAAUAGUCCUACUAGACAGGCUGCCAGUCUGCUCCUGCUUGAGCCAAGUUGUCGUGGUUUUGCCUGUUGAAUCAAUGCAGAAACAGUGUGCUAAUCAGUCUAGGCUACUGUAAUGAUGUGUUUGUGUUUUCUCCCUCCAAUACAGAGGAGCCUGUUACACCACCAGCCACCUAUGAAAGCCCAUGGUACGAGGAGUAUGACUACGGGCAUAGUGGUGGACAGAGUAUGUACACACACACGCACACACACACGCACACACACACACACGUUUGUUUUACUGUCCUUGUGGGAACCAAACAAUUGAUUCCCAUUCAAAAUCCUAUUUUCCCUAACCCCUAAACCCAACCCUAACCCUUAACCUAACCCUAACCUUAACCCCUAACCCUAAUUCUAACCUUAACCAUAAUUGUAACCCUAAAACUAACCCUUAAGCCUAAAAUAGCCUUGUGGGGACUGACGAAAUGUCUCCACUUGUCUGUAUUUUUCUUGUUUUACUAUCCUUGUGAAGUAAAACCAAAAACACACAGACAUACACACACACACACAUACACACACAUGCACUCUGACCUGUAACAUUAACCCUUGGCCAUAUCUUCAAUAGAAAUAUGUUUUUCAUUUCAAUUGGACCCUGCGGUAAAAUGAAGAUUAGAUAGACACAAUAAAGAACUGGACCUUUACCACAGAGUCAAAAGUAAUGGGUUUACACUUCUCAUUCCCCACAAGAAUGAAGAAGAGUGUAUACUGUCAGACUGUUUCAAUUACAUGGUCUGGGUUUAGCAAGACUUUGGCAGCUGAUGUUACAAACAGCCAAAUAAGCAAAUACCAAGUAACUGGAACAAACAACAGUCAGGUCAAUGACUAAGAUUAUUACCCCCUUCAAACGCUUUGUCAUGUUUAUCAUUUGGAUAUGUGGCAAACCUUAAGAAACACCUGGGCCUGUUCAGGAGGGGGAAACUGUAAAUGUAUUGUGUAUAUUAUGAUUGAUUGUCUGUCAGGUACAAUAGGAAAUCAUGACAGCUAUUUGUUAUUCUAUCUCCAACAUUGUAAAUGUUUCACUCCACUGAAAACACCCCACCUACACAGUAUACUGUUACAUGGAAUGGGGAGGUGGGGGAAAUGAAUUCACCCUCUAAUUCAUCCAUGAUUGUUUUUCACUCCUUUGUUUACCACAGCGAAAAAACAGGAGGAGGGGGAGGAGAAGGAGAGAGAGACACAAAGGAAAGAAAAGGAGAGAGAGGAUAGAGGUAUUGUGCACAGCCUAUUUUCCAUUAUGAUCUGAAGGACUGUGAUCCAUCUAUCUUCAGUUGUAGAUACUUCACAUUAUACAGUAACAUUUGCAUUUAUCCAGAGCAACUUACAGUCAACGCACUCAUAAAAAAAUGCUGGGUUAAAAUCAACCAAUUGUUGGGUUUUUGGUAACCCAGCGCUGGGUAAAUAUUGGAUAGAACACACACUGGGUUAUUUUGACCCAGCCAACCAAUUGGGUUGCGUGAAUAACCCAACAUGUUGGGUUGUUGGGAUUACCCAAACAUUAAUUUAACAAUCAGUUGGGUUUUAAUUAACUUUUAUUCUGGGUUGACAAGCAUUCUUUGGAAUCAUGUUGUUGAUUUUCAAAACAGAGUCCAUAAGACACAGAACUCCCUUUUGCAAAACAGUAAAUGUGUUUUCAAAAUGUAGUUGCCUUCUCAAAACAUAAAUACAAUCAUCAAAACUAUAUUAUACAGUCGAAAUUGCAAAUACAUUCAUCAAAAGAACAUGACUGCCCUGCAAAAAGAUUAACGCAACCAUACUUUUGUCCAAGCAGACAAAUCAGAAAGUUAGUCUGUCUUUUAAAAAUCCCAGUAGAUCAAAACAUUUUCUUUGCAUUCACUAAAUCAUGAUAAUUAAAAUUGGAAGUAUAACUAUACAAACAUGCAAAAUUAUGGGCAAUUAUUCGCCUUUAAUGCAUAUUUCACCAAACACUUUCAUACACAUCAAAUCAAAUAUUAUCCCUGAUAUAAAAUGAUAUAAAAAAUAAGCACAUUGUGCAGGAUUCAUUCAUGGGUAUCAUCAAAAUCCAUUUCCAUGUACAGUAUUCAAUUACAUAGGCUAGGUUGCUCAUAGUUUUGUAGAGUUUCCAAUUGGGCACAGAAACACAAUCCCACAAUAGAAAUAGGAAAGGUAAAUACAAUGGAGGAACACAACUGAUAUGAAUGUAUAGGCCUCAAUCCACACCAAAGCAAAGCUCCAUAAUGGAAGGUCACAAUGUUGGAGAUGAUGAUUUAGGAGUAACCCAGAGUUAGAAGUAACCCAACUUCAUUCUCUGCAUAGCUGCAUGUCCGCAAUAUUGUAAAACAAUCCUAACAAUUAGACAGUCCCCAUUGCCUAGAUCUUUCUAUAUAUUGUACAUGGCGCUGAUGGGAUGAUUUAGAAUUUCGUGCAUUAGUAUUUACUGAUUACCAGUAACAGUGAACACAAUUGGACACAUUUCUCUUCUGAUGAAAACAAUGUGUUAAUAUUCUGUGUGAACAAAACACUUAACAGUGAAUUUUGUAUUCACCGAAUCAUUUGCAUUUAAUGUUUUGCAAAAGGUGGUCUAAGAUAUGCAAGUCAGGUACUAAGGCAAGAAAAUUAUCAGAAGUUUUGUAAAUUUAUUUGAGCAUUUGAUGAUUGCUUUUCUGCUAUAGAUACGUUUCAACACAGAUCCAAAAUGUUGUUGUACGCGAUUGAGAAAAACUUUAAUGUAAUCCUUAGGUAAUUUUCAGGAGGCGUGGCUUAUUAGAGGUGUGGCUUUCAGAUAGUUAUUUCUGGCCACCCAUGAGAGUAAAUGUCAUUCUUGUUCAUCAUGUUAAGUUUGAACACUGCAAGUUUAUAUUAAUAACAUUAUUAUUUACUAAUUGAAAAUUCUAACAUUGUGAUUUUCAUAGGCUCUUAAGGAACUCAUACAGUUGUAUAAGCCUCAUUAAAGCUACAAAACUGUCAGUGUUCAACCUUAACAUGUGAUAACAAUACAACAUUUGCUCUCACUAUCUGAAAGCCACUCCCCUAUUAAGCCAUGCCUUCAGUCUUCUGAUCUGAUCCACUGGAUUACAGUGGCUUGCGAAAGUAUUCACCCCCCUUGGCAUUUUUCCUAUUUUGUUGCCUUACAAUCUGGAAUUAAAAUGGAUUUUUUGGGGGUUUGUAUCAUUUGAUUUACACAACAUGCCUACCACUUUGAAGAUGCAAAAUAUUUUUUAUUUUGAAACAAACAAGAAACAAGACAAAAAAAAAGAAAAUUUGAGCGUACAUAACUAUUCACCCCCCCAAAGUCAAUACUUUGUAAAGCCACUUUUUGCAGCAAUUACAGCUGCAAGUCUCUUGAGGUAUGUCUCUAUAAGCUUGGCACAUCUAGCCACUGGGAUUUAUGCCCAUUCUUCAAGGCAAAACUGAUCCAGCUCCUUCAAAUUGGAUGGGUUCCGCUGGUGUACAGCAAUCUUUAAGUCAUACCACAGAUUCUCAAUUGGAUUGAGGUCUGGGCUUUGACUAGGCCAUUCCAAGACAUUUAAAUGCUUCCCCUUAAACCACUCAAGUGUUGCUUUAGCAGUAUGCUUAGGGUCAUUGUCCUGCUGGAAGGUGAACCUCCAUCCCAGUCUCAAAUCUCUGGAAGACUGAAACAGUUUUCCCUCAAGAAUUUCCCUGUAUUUAGCGCCAUCCAUCAUUCCUUCAAUUCUGACCAGUUUCCCAGUCCCUGCCGAUGAAAAGCAUCCCCACAGCAUGAUGCUGCCACCACCAUGCUUCACUGUGGGGAUGGUGUUUUCGGGGUGAUGAGAGGUGUUGGGUUUGCGCCAGACAUAGCGUUUUCCUUGAUGGCCUAAAAGCUCAAUUUUAGUCUCAUCUGACCAGAGUACCUUCUUCCAUAUGUUUGGGGUGUCUCCCACAUGGCUUUUGGCGAACACCAAACGUGUUUGCUUAUUUUUUUCUUUAAGCAAUGGCUUUUUUCUGGCCACUCUUCCGUAAAGCACAGCUCUGUGGAGUGUAUGGCUUAAAGGGGUCCUAUGGACAGAUACUCCAAUUACCGCUGUGGAGCUUUGCAGUUCCUUCAGGGUUAUCUUUGGUCUCUUUGUUGCCUUUCUGAUUAAAGCCCUGCCUGGUCCGUGAGUUUGGUGGGCGGCCCUCUCUUGGCAGGUUUGUUGUGGUGCCAUAUUCUUUCCAUUUUUUAAUAAUGGAUUUAAUGGUGCUCCGUGGGAUGUUCAAAGUUUUGGAUAUUUUUUUAUAACCCAACCCUGAUCUGUACUUCUCUGCAAAAUUGUCCCUGACCUGUUUGGAGAGCUCCUUGGUCUUCAUGGUGCCGCUUGCUUGGUGGUGCCCCUUGCUAAGUGGUGUUGCAGACUCUGGGGCCUUUCAGAACAGGUGUAUAUAUACUGAGAUCAUGUGACAGAUCAUGUGACACUUAGAUUGCACACAGGUAGACUUUAUUUAACACAUUAUUUGACUUCUGAAGGUAAUUGGUUGCACCAGAUCUUAUUUAGGGGAUUCAUAGCAAAGGGGGUGAAUACAUAUGCACGCACCACUUUUCCGUUAUUAAUUUUUUAGAAUGUUUUGAAUUUGACUUCACCAAUUUGGACUAUUUUGUGUAUGUCCAUUACAUGAAAAUCAAAUAAAAAUCCAUUUAAAUUACAGGUUGUUAUGCAACAAAAUAGGAAAAGGGCCAAGGGGUAUGAAUACUUUUGCAAGGCACUGUAUAUUUCAAUAACCCAGCAUCAACAACUCAAACUUGCUCUUUUUAAAGAAAAACAACCCAACUAAGUGACCCAAUGUCUGCAACCCAGCAGUUGGGUCAGCCAAACAACCCAGCAUUUUUUUGUGUCCAUUCAACUAAGGUAGGUAAAACAACUAAGGCAGGUAAAUCAACCACAUAUCACAGUCAUUGCAAGUAAAACUUAGUAACACUGCAAUGUCAUACUUUGCACUGUCAAAGCUCCCAGUCAAGCAGAUUAACAUUAGACAAUGUCACUCACAGAUUCAUAAUGUAGUGAAGUCCCUAUUGGUUCAUGUUUCCGCUUAAAGCGAAUGCGGGGAAAAAACACAGAUGUCAGUCUCUACCUGGGAAUUGCAAACAUGUGGCUGUGAAGCUUCAGUAUGGCUUCACUUGCUAAGACGAGGGACAAAAGUUCAUUCUCUCUAGAACAGGUCAAAUCUCCACCAUAGAAAUGUGUUGUGAGGGAAGGUAGGGAAGGAAAGCCUGGGGUAGAGUGAGAGCGUUAGGUCAGUAACCGAAAGGUCACUGAUUCGAAUCCCUGAGUCGAUUAGGUGAAAGAUCUGUCAAUGUGCCCUUGAGCAAGGCACUUAACCCUAAUUGCUUCUGUAAGUCCCUCUGGAUAACAGAGUCUGCUAAAUGACUAAAACGUAAAUCUCUUUAAUGUGUAUUGGUGCAUGGAAGAAGUUUUGGAGCUUUGAGCUGGAGCAGAAAGAAAGGGAGAGACGGGGCAGCCAAGAGAGGUUACAGAACAUGCUGGAAGGAAAGAUAGAGGGAAAGAGAGAAAACAACAUAAAGGAUAGAAACAGAGUAGAGAGUCUAACAGUAAGGGGAGAGAUGUUGAAAUCACGAGCUUAGAAUUAAGAUCUAAACACUUGGGAUGAGAACCAACAGCUGUUGCCACAUGUUCUAUUCUGUACUGCACCUCCUGCACAGCGAGGAGGGUAGAACCAGAUAAAUGUAUAAUCAGAAUGGAACCAGGGACAUUUGUCUAUGGGAAAUUACACUGAGUGUACAAAACAUUAAGGACAUCUGCUCUUUCCAUGACAUAGACUGACCAGGUGAAUCCAGGUGAAAGGUAUGAUCCCUUAUUGAUGUCACUUGUUAAAUCCACUUCAAAUCAGUGUAGAUGAAGGGGAGGAGACAGGUUAAAGAAGGAUUUUUAAGCCUUGAAACAUUUGAGACAUGGAUUGUGUAUGUGUGCCAUUUAGAGGGUGAAUUGGCAAGACAAAAGAUUGAAGUGCCUUUGAACGGGGUAUGGUAGUAGGUUCCAGGUUCACUGGUUUGUGUCAAGAACUGCAACGCUGCUGGGUUUUUCCACGCUCAACAGAUUCCCCUGUGUACCAAGAAUGGUCUGCCAUCCAAAGGACAUCCAGCCAACUUGACAGAACUGUGAGAAGCAUUGGAGUCAAAAUGGAACUCAAUAUUAGGAAGGUGUCCUUAAUGUUUUGUACAUUCAGUGUAGAUAUAUAUUGUGUGGGGUUAACCAGUGAAAGGAUGACAGAUAUACAGCAUUUUCAGCUUGGGAUAAUCUUUAUAAGGUUAUAAACCAAAACCACUCAACUGAAGUCACUGAGUUAUUAAACAGGUGUGUGCUUGCUUGUGUGUGUGCAAGUGUGUAUGUGUGACAGUGUGUGUGUGUACAUACUCUGUCCACCACUGUCUGUGACUGAACAUGUGUAUGUAGAACAAAACCACACUGAAUAAAAAAUGUGGCAGCUUUCACAUCCAGUUAUAGAUGUUGACACUUUUAGCAGGGUUACCCAUAAUAUGUGACUGGUGGUUAUGAAAGCUUGGAUACAACAGUGUGCAACCAACGUAGGGAGUAUGCUGCGGCCUGUCAUUGAUUUACUGAAGAAAAAAAAGAACAAUCUGAAUUUAAUCAGCACAUUCCUGAAUUUUGAGAAAUAGAAUACAUCUGGUUUCCUUCCUAUCUGCAAUGUGAAGGCAUGUGGGUCCUCUGAGGCAUUACUGCAUUUGCCCAUACACACACACGCACACACACGCACGCACGCACACAGACAAUCCAUUACUGGAAUUGUACUUAGUGAUUGACUAUGGUGCUGUUUGACAGAGAGAGCUCAGCAGAGGAGGGAGGAGGAAGAAAGGGCCAAAGCCAAGAAGAGACCACAAGUAUUCAAGGAGCCCAAAAGUAAGUAACUUGCUACCAUCCAAUGAUACAAUACUUACAUUUAUUUGAGAUAAUCGGUUGGCAAGAGUUUUAGCAAACGCGUAAGAGGUUUUUCAUUGUGGUUAGAAGUUUUUGAGAUGUGUGUGUGACUGAGAUGUUUUCCCCUGGUGGCAGAGUGUCCUCCCCUGGGUAUGGAGUCUCACAGGAUAGAAUCAGACCAGCUGCUGGCCUCCUCCAUGUCUCACUAUCGCUACAGCCAGGGCAGGGCACGACUCAACAUGCAGGUAACACUAACCCUCACACACUGACCCUAAUCCUACACACACUGACCACUAACCCUCACACACUGACCCUAACCCUCACACACUGACCCUAACCUCACACACUGACCCUAAUCCUCACACACUGACCUAACCCUCACACACUGACCCUAACCCUCACACACUGACCCUAACCCUCACACACUGACCCUAACCCUCACACACUGACCUAACCCUCACACACUGACCCUAAUCCCUCACACACUGACCCUAACCCUCACACACUGACCCUAACCCUCACACACUGACCCUAACCCUCACACACUACCCUAACCCUCACACACUGACCUAACCUCACACACUAACCCUCACACACUAACACUAACCCUCACACACUGACCCUAACCCUCACACACUGACCCUAACCCUCACACACUGACCCUAACCCUCACACACUGACCUAACCCUCACACACUGACCCUAACCUCACACAUGACACUAACCCUCACCACACUGACCCUAAACCUAACACACUGACCCUAACCCUCACACUGACCCUAACCCUCACACACUGACCUAACCCUCACACACUACCCUCACACACUGCUACCUCUAACCCUCACACACUGACCCUAACCCUCCACACUACCCCACCACACUGACCCACACCCUCACACACUGACCCUAACCCUCACACACUGACCCUAACCCUCCACACUGACCUACCCUCACACACUAACCCUCACACACUAACACUAACCCUCACACACUAACACUAACCCUCACACACUGACCCUAACCCUCACACACUGACCCUCACACACUGACCCUAACCUUCAUACACUAACCCUCACACACUGACCCUAACCCUCACACCUGACCCUAACCCUCACACACUACCUAACCCUCACACACUGACCUAACCCUCACACACUGACCCUAACCCUCACACACUACCCUAACCCUCACACACUGACCCUAACCCUCACAACUACUCACCACUAACACCCUCACACACUACCUAACACUAACCUCACACUACUAACCCUCACACACUGACUCCUAACCCUACUACACACUGACCUAACCCUACACACUACCUAACCCUAACACACUGACCCUAACCCUCACACACUGACCCUCACACACUGACCACUAACCCUCACACACUAACACUAACCCUCACACUACUAACCCUAACCUGACCCUCACACACUAACCCUCACACUACACUAACCCUCAACACAUGACCCUAACCCUCACACAUUACCUAACUCUCACACUAACACUAACCCUACAACUAACCUCACACACUACCUUACCUUCAGACACUAACCUUCACACACUAACACUAAACCCUACACAUGAUCCUACCCUCACAUUACGGCCCUGAUCCUCGAACCCUCACACACUGAUCCUAACCCUCACACACUGAUCCUAACCCUCACACACUAACAUUAACCCUCACACACUGACCCUAACCCUCACAAACUAACUCUAACCCUCUCACACUAACCCAUAACCCUUAUACACUAACCCUCACACACUAACCCUAACACAUUGACUAACCCUAACCCUAUGUCUCAGUACUGCUCCAGCCAACACAGAGCAUGACUCAACAUGCAGGUACACUCCUCACACUAAUUCGAACCGUACCUGUAAGCCCCCUUACCCUCAUCUCCAACACUGUAUGGUUUCCAUGGUUUCCAGGCUUCGGAUGAUGAGGAGGACAUGCGUGGUGGGGCGUGGUGUCCUAACCCAGAGGACAAUAUUCACUGGUUUGAGAUGGACGCUCGCAGAGCAACAGAAUUUACUGGGAUCAUAACACAGGGACGAGACUCACGCAACGAGUAAGACACACACACACACACACACACUUAUUUUACUAUCCUUGAAUCCUCCAAAAUCCUAUUUUCCCUAACUCGUAACCCUAAACCUAACCCUUAACCUUAACCCUAACCCCAAACCCCUAACUCUGAAACAAAAUCUAACCCUAACACAUUUACAUUUACGUCAUUUAGCAGACGCUCUUAUCCAGAGCGACUUACAGUUUGUGAGUGCAUACAUUAUUUUUACAUACUGGCCCCCCGUGGGAAUCAAACCCACAACCCUGGCGUUGCAAACACCAUGCUCUACCAACUGAGCUACAUCCCUGCCGGCCAUUCCCUCCCCUACCCUGGACGACGCUGAGCCAAUUGUGCGCCGCCCCAUGGCUCUCCCGGUCGCGGCCGGCUACGACAGAGCCUGGAAUCGAACCAGGAUCUCUAGUGGCACAGCUAGCACUGCGAUGCAGUGCCUUAGACCACUGCGCCACUCGGGAGACAAAUAACCCUAAACCUAACCCCUAAUCUUAAUUCUAACCCAUAAACCUAAAAUAGCCUUUUUCCUUGUUUUACUAUCCUUGUGGGGACUUUGGUCCCCACAAGGAUAGUAAAACCACACCACACACACACACAAACACACAUACAAGCGCACAGACAAUUUCAGAAAUAUCAAAGACAAAAUGGUGACAAAAUUUGUAUGCAUCUUUUCAGGAGUGACUUUGUGACGUCCUACUACGUGCAAUUCAGUAAUGACAGCAGAGAAUGGAAAACCAUCCAUGACGGUUACUCUGACUGGGUGAGUCUGUCAGCCUCACUUCUUCAAAUGUGCUUUGGACCCAGGGUUCACUCUCAUGCUCUUUUUGUGGGGCACAAAAGUUUACCAUGUCAAUAUAUUUGUCUCUCCCCCUCUCUUUACCUCUCCCCCCCCACCACCUCUCUCUCUCUAGUUGUUUUUUGGUAACUCCGAUAAGGAUACCCCAGUGCUGAAUCAGUUAGCUGAGCCCAUACUAGCACGUUACAUCAGAGUUAUCCCUCAGAGCUGGAAUGGCAGUUGCUGUAUGAGGCUUGAGGUACUAGGCUGCCCUCUGCCUGGUGAGUGACACACGUACCCACCCUACCAGACUUCUGGUCCCCACACGGAUAGUAAAACAUAAAACACACACAAACACUCACACUGUGUGUUUUUAUCUCCUCAGACCCCACCAGUGCCUACCAGAGGCUGCAGAAUGAGGUGACUCCAGUCCAGUACCUGGACUUCAGACAUCACAACUACUCAGACAUGGUCACGGUGAGAUGGAACACUCCUAUUUGAGGGGACUUCAAUCCUUAAGGUCAUCAGUACCACCUGUAUGAACCUAAUGUUUUGUGUGCCAGCUUGUGACAACUGACUUCAACACUGUCUUGACACUUAAUUGAAUAAGAUGUGUUGCACAUACUCACUGUAGGUGUCUAGGACCAGGGUUGGUGACUGCUGCUUUCCCCUGUAUGUCUCUUCUGUUAGCUGAUGAAGUCUGUGUCGGAGGAGUGUCCCAACAUCACCAGUAUGUACAGCCUGGGCCGCAGCUCCAAUGGACUGGACAUCCUGGCCAUGGUGAUAUCAGGCAACCCCACAGAACACGAGAUAGGUGGGAUGAAACAAAUAUUGUGUCUGUGUCCACACUUUUCAGAACAUGCACCCAUUAGUUAUUCCAGGCUAACUUUCAUAGAAAGCUCUGUACUUGUGUCCUCUCAGGCAUGGAAAGACAAUGACAAUCUGUGUUUUUCUCCUUAGGUGAGCCGGAGUUCCGCUACACGGCCGGUCUCCAUGGAAACGAGGCGACGGGACGGGAGAUGGUUCUUCUUCUGUUGCAGUACCUGUGUAAGGAGUACAGGGAUGGCAACCCCAGAGUGCGCCGCCUGGUGGAGGGAAUACGUAUCCACCUGGUGCCCUCACUCAACCCUGACGGGCAGGAGAAGGCCCUCACAGCGGUCAGUACUGGGUAUAAUACGGUUAAUUCUUGAAUUACGGUGGUUAAUUCUGUCCCUUGACUUUGGCCACCAUGUAAAAACAAUAAAAAAUGACAAAAACAUGACAAAUAAUACAUUCUAAUUUUAUUUCACUGUUAUUUAAUAAGAAAACAUAUGUAAGUCCUUUAUACUGCAAAACAUAUAUUUGUAUGCAUUUUUUGAAACUACUGGGGGCUAGCAAAUUGGCUUGUCCCACUGGUGAUGUGUAGGGGUGUAGUGACAUGUUUUGGGGUUUAGAGAUACUGUAUCUAUCUAUUAUUUUGAAUGCUAGACAGUGAACAAAAGUAUUUCAUAUUGUAUACUUUAGAUACCUCAAACUCAACUCUGGACCGCGAAGCCAGUUCCACUGUAUUUUUUAAUUGUUCCCCUCUAAUCAGGGACUGAUUUAAACCUGAGACACAAGGUGGGUGCAAUUAAUGAUUGGGUAGAACAGAAAAGCUGCAGGCUGCGGACCAAGUAGUGUAAGAGUUGAAUACCCCUGCUGUAGAUCAAUAAAAACACCUAUUUUUUUACUAGUAUAAUGUGUGUCCCUCUGUUUUAUGUCAUUGGUGUUACCGCCUUGAAAAUCACUGAUUACAAAGAUAUACAAGGACCUUGAGCAUUCUCUCCAGUGGCAAACUGUUAUUGAGGGAGGGUUCUAUAUUAAAUUAAAGUAUAAGCUAUUCACAACCUUUAAGUAUGUCAUAGAUUUGAGAAUUCUAUUAAUACUUUUGUGUCACUUGCUGUCAGCCAAUUUAAAUGAAUGGAAAUAAUUAAUCUUAUCACUUUAGUAAAUUAUUUUUUAAAGGUUUGAUGACCUUUGAUUUGAGCAUUUGUGACCUCCAUUUCAGAAAAUCCUCAUUGGUGUUACUACUCCACUGGUGGCACAAUGUUAUCAUAAUGGUAAAAAGAUAUUUCAAGUCAUUACGCUCCCAUAGUACUUGAUUUAGAAUGGGAAGAUGUACCCAACUACAUUUAAAUUAAAAAAUUAAGUAAUUCUUUUCCAAAAUGCCAUGCCCAAAUGCCUGUAUUUAUACUUUACUCUUCCAAAUCUGUUUUCUUCUAUUAAGGAAAAGGGGUGCCAGACAGUUUCUGUUUUAGCCAACUUCUUGUCCUGUAGGAAAGUAUUGUUGUAUGCAGGAACAGUCUGGCACGCAGCUUUAUUUUCCUCGAGAAGAAAACAUAUUUGAUAUGUUAAGUCAAGACUAGAUACAUUCAAGCAAAUCCUAAGACGUUUGGUUUGAACACGUUGAUAUUACUGUAGUAAAUAUGCAGUCCUGCUCGGUUCUGUAAGGUUCUCUCCAUAACAUCCUGUCCCAUUGCCACCACAGGGUUCCGAGCUGAGUGGUUGGACCACAGGCCACUGGACGGAGGACGGCCAUGACAUCUUCCAGAACUUCCCUGACCUGAACAGUGUUUUGUGGGAGGCCGAGGACAAGGGCAUGGUGCCCAAACUGAUCCCCAAUCACCAUGUCAAGAUCCCUGCAGACCAAGAGGGGGAUGACAGGGUGUGUGGAGGAAGGAAUUGAAGGAAGGGAGAGGGCAGGGAGGGAGGGGAAGGUAGGGGAGAAAGAGAGGGGAUAAAGACAGGAGGGGAGAAACAGGAGGGAAGGAAAUGUAGAUGGUGUGAAGAGCAGAGACAGUACAAGCAAGUUCAUUUCUCUGUCUAUCAACUCAACAAGACGGCUGCUGUUUGUUCUUCUUGUCCUGCAGAUUGCUGUGGAGACUCGAGCCAUCAUCUCGUGGAUGGAGAGCCACCCAUUCGUACUGGGGGCCAACUUCCAGGGGGGGGAGAGGCUGGUGGCGUACCCCUACGACAAUCACCGCCUAACCAAGACCACCGGCGCCAGCACCAGAGAGGGCGACAGAGAGAGGGCACAGAGCCGCAAGAAGAGACAGUACGAGGCGCUUCCUCUCUCUUUCUCUGUUUGUCUUCCCGUCUCUCUCUCGCUCUCUUUCUCUUCCUGCACUCUCUCUCUCUCUUCCUGCACUCUCUCUCUUUCUCUCUUCCUGCACUCUUGCGCUCUCUCUCUCUCUUCCUGCAAUCUUGCUCUCUCUCUUUCUCUCUUCAUGCACUCCUGCUCUCUCUCUCUCCCUCCCUCUCUCUUCCUGCACUCUUGCUAUUUUUGGCAGAUUAAUAAUGACAUGAAACCAAAUAAACAAUCAACUAAAUCUAAAUCAUUCUUCUAGGUACGAGGAGGAGUUUGACCUGACGGCGUGGGGGAGGGGCUAUGACCGUGAGGAGCCGGAGGAAGAUUAUAACAUCAGGGGAUACCAGCAGCCAGAAGAAGACCAGUGGAACAGAGGAUACCAGCAGCCAGAAGCGGACCAGUGGAACAGGGGAUACCAGCAGCCGGAAGAAAACCAGUGGAACAGGGGAUACCAGCAGCCGGAAGAAAACCAGUGGAACAGGGGAGACCAGCAGCUGGAGGAGGAGUGGAGGGGACAUGGCUAUGGCCACAGGGAAGAGGAAGAGGAGGAUGACAGAGGGAGAGGGGGAGGGGGGUACACAGAGCCUGAGGAUGAACCCAGGGCCGCAGCAGACGCCUCCUUUUUCAGGUGUGUAGCAUGAAGUUAACCACAGAUCUAGGACCAGAUUACCCUAUCUGACUGUAUGUGUGUGUUUGUGUGUUAUAGGUGGUUGGCCAUCUCUUACGCCUCUACUCACCUGUCGAUGACAUACACUUCCCACGGCUCCUGUCACGGCAAUGACGUCACUGGAGGCGUUGGAAUCGUCAAUCGCGCCAAGUGGCAGCCCGUCACAGGAAGUAAGGACACAGUCUGACCGACAACAUCCCAUUUUUAUUCCAUUGUUGUCUGCUGUUCAUUAAGCCAUUUUAGUCGACAUUACAUACAGUAGUUCAAAAAGGUUGAAAGCUGUAAUGUAACAUUGAUCAGAGUAAAGUACCCAGUUUUGAGGAUAAUGGCGCUCUCUGGUGACUCAUCAUGUGCAUUGCAGAUUCUCAUUGCCACCUAUCUUCCCCUCCCAUCCCCUCCUCUCAUCCUCAGGUAUGAAUGACUUCAGCUACCUGCACACUAACUGUCUGGAGCUGUCAGUGUUCCUGGGCUGUGAUAAGUUCCCCCAUCAGAGUGAGCUGGUCAUUGAGUGGGAGAAGAACAGAGAGGCCAUGCUCACCUUCAUGGAGCAGGUACACACACACACACACACACACACACACAUACAGACACACACACACAGACACAUAAUAAUAAUAAUAAUAAUAUGCCAUUUAGCAGACGCUUUUAUCCAAAGCGACUUACAGUCGUGCGUGCAUACAUGUAUGCAGACACACAUACAGACACACACACAGACACAUUAUGCACACACAGACACACAUACAGACACACACACAGACACAUGUAUGCACACACACAGAGAAACAAUAUACAAAGUUGGAGAAUAUACCAAACACACACACAGUCCUGGAGUGUGGCUAUAGAGCAGUGGUAUUCAAAGUCUGGGUCGCGCCAAAAUGUCAUACAGUAUUCAGACCCCUUGACAUUCUCCACAUUUUGUUACGUUACAGCUUUAUUCUAAAAUUGAUUAAAUUAUUUAUUUCCCUCAUCAAUCUACACACAAUACCACAUCAUGACAAAGUGAAAACAGGUUUUUCUAAAAUUUUCUAAAUGUAUUUUAAAAAACGGAAAUAUCUUACUUACAUACAGUUGAAGUCGGAGGUUUACAUACACCUUAGCCAAAUACAUUUAAACUCAGUUUUUCACAAUUCCUGACAUCUAAUCCUAGUAAAAAACCCUGUCUUAGGUUAGUUAGGAUCAUCACUUUAUUUUAAGAAUGUGAAAUGUCAGAAUAAUAGUAAAGAGAAUGAUUUAUUUCAGCUUUUAUUUCUUUCAUCACAUUCCCAGUGGGUCAGAAGUUUACAUACACUCAAUUAGUAUUUGGUAGCAUUGCCUUUAAAUUGUUUAACUUGGGUCAAACAUUUCGAGUAGCCUUCCACAAGCUUCCCACAAUAAGUUGGGUGAAUUUUGGCCCAUUCCUUCUGACAGAGCUGGUGUAACUGAGUCAGGUUUGUAGGCCUCCUUGCUCGCACACGCUUUUUCAGUUCUGCCCACAAAUGUUCUAUGGGAUUGAGGUCCGGGCUUUUUGAUGGCAACUCCAAUACCUUGACUUUGUUGUCCUUAAGCCAUUUUGCCACAACUUUGGAAGUAUGCUUGGGGUCAUUGUCCAUUUGGAAGACCCAUUUCCUGACUGAUGUCUUGAGAUGUUGCUUCAGUAUAUCCACCUAAUUUUCCUUCCUCAUGAUGCCAUCUAAUUUGUGAAGUGCACCAGUCCCUCCUCCAGCAAAGCACCCCCACAGCAUGAUGCUGCCACCCCCGUGCUUCACGGUUGGGAUGGUGUUCUUCGGCUUGCAAGCAGCCCCCUUUUUCCUCCAAACAUAACGAUGGUCAAUAUGGCCAAACAGUUCUAUUUUUGUUUCAUCAGACCAGAGGACAUUUCUCCAAAAAGUACGAUCUUUGUCCCCAUGUGCAGUUGCAAACCGUAGUCUGGCUUUUUUGUGGUGGUUUUGGAGCAGUGGCUUCUUCCUUGCUGAGCGGCCUUUCAGGUUAUGUCGAUUUGGACUCGUUUUACUGUGGAUAUAGAUACUUUUGUACCCGUUUCAUCCAGCAUCUUCACAAGGUCCUUUGCUGUUGUUCUGGGAUUGAUUUGCACUUUUCGCACCAAAGUACGUUCAUCUCUAGGAGACAGAACGCAUCUCCUUCCUGAGUGGUAUGACGGCUGCAUGGCCCAUGGUGUUUAUACUUGCGUACGAUUGUUUGUACAGAUGAACGUGGUACCUACAGGCGUUUGGAAAUUGCUCCCAAGGAUGAACCAGACUUGUGGAGGUCUACCAUUUUUUUUCUGAAGUCUUGGCUGAUUUCUUUUGAUUUUCCCAUGAUGUCAAGCAAAAAGGCACUGAGUUUGAAGGUAGGCCUUGAAAUACAUCCACAGGUACACCUCCAAUUGACUCAAAUGAUGUCAAUUAGCCUAUCAGAAGCUUCUAAAGCCAUGACAUCAUUUUCUGGUAUUUUCCAAGCUGUUUAAAGGCACAGUCAACUUAGUGUAUGUAAAGUUGCCUUACCUCCAUAACUUACUACAUUUGCACACACUGUAUAUUGAUUUUCUUUUGUGUUAUUGAUUGUACGAUUUGUUUAUUCCAUAUGUAACUCUGUGUUGUUGUUGUUUUUACCGCACUGCUUUGCUUUAUCUUGGCCAGGUCGCAGUUGUAAAUGAAAACUUGUUCUCAACUGGCUUACCUGGUUAAAUAAAGGUGAAAUAAAUACAAUAAAUAAAAAAGUUCUGACCCACUGGAAUUGUGAUACAUUUUUUACAUUUUUACAUUUUAGUCAUUUAGCAGACGCUCUUAUCCAGAGCGAUUUACAGUUAGUGAGUGCAUACAUUUUGAUACAGUGAAUUAAGUGAAAUAAUCUGUCUGUAAACAAUUACUUGUGUCAUGCACAAAGUGUAGCUCAGUUGGUAGAGCAUGGCGCUUGCAAUGCCAGGGUUGUGGGUUCGAUUCCCACGGGGGGCCAGUAUGAAAAAAUGUAUGCACUCACUAACUGUAAGUCGCUCUGGAUAAGAGUGUCUGCUAAAUGACUAAAAUGUAAAAAUGUCCUAAUGGACUUGCCAAAACUGUAGUUUGUUAACAAUAAAUUUGUGGAGUGGUUGAAAAAUGAGUUUUAAUGACUCCAACCUAAGUGUAUGUAAACUUCUGACUUCAACUGUAAGUAUUCAGAUCCGUUGCUAUGACACUCGAAAUUGAGCUCAGGUGCAUCCUGUUUCCAUUGAUCAUCCUUGAGAUGUUUCUACAACUUGAUUGGGGUCCACCUGUGGUAAAUUCAAUUGAUUGCACGUGAUUUGGAAAGGCCCACACCAUUCUAUAUAAGGUCCCACAGUUGACAGUGCACGUCAGAGCAAAAACCAAACCAUGAGGCCGAAGGAAUUGUCCGUAGAGUGCCGAGACAGGAUUGUGUCGAGGCACAGACCUGGGGAAGGGUACCGAAAAAUGUCUGCAGCAUGGAAGGUCCCCAAGAACACAGUGGGCCUCUAUCAUUCUUAAAUGGAAGAACUUUGGAACCACCAAGACUCUUCCUAGAGCUGGUCGCCCUGCCAAACUGAGCAAUCUGCGACGAAGGUCCUUUGUCAGGAAGGUGACCAAGUACCCGAUGGUCACUCUGACAGAGCUCCAGAGUUCCUCUGUGGAGAUAGGAGAACCUUCCAGAACGACAACCAUCUCUGCAGCACUCCACCAAUCAGGCCUUUAUGGUAGAGUGGCCAGACGGAAGCCACUCCUCAGUAAAAGGUAAAUGACAGCCUGCUUGGAGUUUGCCAAAAGGCACCUAAAGGACCAUGAGAAACAAGAUUCUCUAGUCUGAUGAAACCAAGAUUGAAUUCUUUAUCCUGAAUGUCAAGCGUCAUGUCUGGAGGAAACCUGGCACCAUCCCUACGGUGGUGGCAGCAUCAUGCUGUGGGGAUGUUUUUCAGCGGCAGGGACUGGGAGACUAGUCAGGAUAGAGGGAAAGAUGAAUGGAGCAAAGUACAGAAAGAUCCUUGAUGAAAACAUGCUCCAGAGUGCUCAGGGCCUCAGACUGGGGUGAAGGUUCACCUUCCAACAGGACACCAACCCCAAGCACACAGCCAAGACAACGCAGGAGUGGCUUAGGGACAAGUCUCUGAAUGUCCUUGAGUGGCCUAACCAGAGCCUGGACUUGAACCCGAUCGAACAUCUCUGGAGAGACCUGAAAAUAGCUAUGCAGCGACGCUCCCCAUCCAACCUGACAGAGUUUGAGAGGAUCUGCAGAGAAUAAUGGGAGAAACUCCCCAAAUACAGGUGUGCAAAGCUUGUAGCAUCAUACACAAAAAGACUAGAGGCUGUAAUCGCUGCCAAAGGUGCAUCAACUAUCAUCAAGGCAAAGGGAGGCUACUUUGAAGAAUCUAAAAUCUAAAAUAUAUUUUGAUUUCUUUAACACUUCUUUGGUUACUACAUGAUUCCAUAUGUGUUAUUUCAUGUAGAAAAUGUAGAAAACAGUCAAAAUAAAGAAAAAACCCUUGAUUGAGUAGGUGUGUCCACCUUUUUUGACUGGUACUGUAUAUAUAGAUUUUUUUGAUUUUGGAAAUUCUCCUGCGACCCCAUUUUCAUAUCAGGUGACCCCACAUAGGAUCGCAACCCCUAGUUUGGGAACAGCUGGUACAGAUUAUUGUAUGGGACAAUAUACAAAUGUAUUUUAGGAAGAUAGCAUUUUCAUCUCUUAUCAAAAUGAAAAUAAACCUAUGAAUUGACUGAUUUCAAGGUUCUGUCAUUAGAUUUAGGGUGCGGUGGGAUCGCAAAAUAAAUUAGAGGGAAAAAAUGGGGUCCCCAGAAAUUAUUUUGGGGAAAAAUGCAGUCCCUGCUGAAAAAGUUUGUAUGCCACUGCUGUAGAGUUACUGACCUUUUGAUCCUUGGUUUUCACCCCACCCAGGUGCAUCGUGGGAUCAGGGGUGUGGUAAAAGACAAUGAGGGAAACCCCAUCGCUAAUGCCACAGUACGUCAACUAUGACAGACAAAAUGAGAAAAAAAAAUCCAGAAGUCACAUUGUAGGACUUUUUAAUGAAUUUAUUUGCAAAUUAUGGUGGAAAAUAAGUAUUUGGUCAAUAACAAAAGUUUGUCAAUACUUUGUUAUAUACCCUUUGUUGGCAAUGACAACAGGUCAAACGUUUUCUGUAAGUCUUCACAAGGUUUUUCACACAUGUUGCUGGUAUUUGGCCCAUUCCUCCAUGCAGAUCUCCUCUAGAGCAGUGAUGUUUGGGGCUGUCGCUGGGCAACACGGCUUUCAACUCCCUCCAAAGAUUUUCUAUGGGUUGGAUCUGGAGACUGGCUAGGCCACUCCAGGACCUUGAAUGCUUUUACGAAGCCACUCCUUCGUUGCCGGGCGGUGUGUUUGGGUCAUUGUCAUGCUGAAGGACCAGCCACGUUUCAUCUCAAUGCCUCCUGAUGGAGGAGGUUUUCACUCUAAAAUCCUCACGUGACAUGGCCCCAUUCAUUCUUUCCUUUACCGGAUCGUCGUCCUGGUACCUUUGCAGAAAACACCAGCCACCAAAGCUUGAGGUUCACCCGCAUGUUAACACGCAGUAUGGUGUUCUUGGAUGCAAAUCAGCAAUUCUUGUCCUCCAAACACGCGAGGUCUAAGAGUUUUGUAAAGGGCUCUAAAAUUAAUAAUUAUUUUGUGUUUUCAUCAUGACCAUAUUGAAUUCUCCGAAUCUCUUCGAUCAUCCAAAAUGACCUCUAGCAAACUUCAGACGGGUUUGGACAUGUUAUGGCUUAUGAGGGGACACGUCUUGCCUGCAGGAUUUGAGUCCCUGGCUCGUAGUGUGUACCAUGAUGGUGAGGCUUUGUUACUGGGUCGCUAGCUCUGCUGCAUAAUGUCAUGUCACUAGGUUUCCCCCUCGUAGUGGUAUCUAGGAUUUUGCUCACCGUUCGUUUGUGAUCAAUUUGUACGCCACGGGGAUAAUCUUGCGGUGAACCGGCACUCAGGAUUUUUGGGGAUCAGUGGUCCUUGUAUGUCUACCAUUCUAAUAAUUGCUCCCACAGUUGAUCUUUUCUAAAUCCAAGCUGCUACCUAUUGCAGAUUAUUCCAGCCGGGUGCAGGCAUACAAUUUGUUCUAUGGUGUCCCUUGACAGCUGCUUUGGUCUUGGCCAUAGUGGAGGUUUGGAGUGUGACUGUUUGAGGUUUGGACAGGUGUCCUUUUAUGGAUAACAAGUUCAAACAGUAGUGUGAUUAUCAGGUAACGAGUGGAGGACAAGGAGCCUUAAAGAAGAAGUACAGGUCGUGAGAGCCAGAAAUCUCUGACUUGUUUCUAGGUGCAGCCAAAUACUUAUUUCACCAUAAUUGCAAAGCUCAAUUCCAUACAACUCACAAUUGGGAUUUUACCGGAUUUUUUUUUCACGUUGUCGUCAUAGUUGACUUGUACUCAUGAUGAAAUUACAGGCCAGUCACAUCUUUUAAGUGGGAGAACUUGCACAAUUGGUGGCUGACUAAAGACUUUUAAGGUUAUAUAUUGUGAGCUUUUGUGAAAGAGCACAGUUAGAAAGAUAUGGCAUAUAGAAGCAUACCAGCCAGAUGGACAUCAUGAAAAUGAUCGGAGGAAGUUCAGGAGUAAAAAAAAAAAUAUAUAUAGUUAUUGACUGUGUCCAUAAAAUGUAUAUAGUAUGUAUCCGCAUGAAGUAGAGGCCUAAGCAUUGUUGUUCACUAGUUUACUCCAAUUAGGGAAGGGAUGGUGGGGUUGGAAAUUAAUAAAGGGAAAUAUAUAUAUAUAUAUAUAUAUAUAUAUAUAUAUAUGCGAGAAAAAAAGAAGAAGAAAAAAACAGAUGGGGGAUUGGAAGUGAUGCAGACAAUUACAUUGAUGGAAGUUACAAUCUAUCUGCAAUAUUAAAGCUGAUAUACCCCCUUAAAAAAAAGUGGGUACUGUUACACCUACAAUUAUAAUUAGAUUGCCUAUUAGCCACUUUAGAGCCAAUGAAGCACUAUAUAAAUGCUAUCUAUUCAUCCACAGAUCAUGGCCCUGCACGGCAACAAGCCCAUUCGCCUGCUCAGCCACGGCAACGGGGGAACACGACUGAACACAGUCUCCAAUGGUAACAGGCGUGUGGUGCAUAACAACGGUGGUACCGCCAUGGAUCCUGAGAUGCGUCGCAUGCAACAGCGAAAGCUAAGGCUCGCCCGCCUCCAUCGUCUACGACAACAGAAACUGAUGAGAUCGACAACAACGUUGCCCCCGACGACCACACCGGUUCCCACAACAACAGAGGCGGAGCCCACCACUGCCUGGUACGACUCGUGGUUCAUAGGAGAGGGGCAAACGUCAGCGCCGGAAGGUUUCACGGACUCCAUCUUGGAUUACAACUACGAGUACAAGAUCAACGAUUACUAA